CGGCAUCCGGCGAGUGGCGCUGCUGAAUGAAACAAGGGGAAGGCAGGCGAGCAGGUAGCAGCUGAGCGAGCUCCUCCACAAAAACGCCACCGAACGUGGCCGCCGCCGCCGCUCGCUUGCUCAAUUCGUGCAACGGCACUCCCCCCCCCCCCCACCCCCCAAAACUCCCAAGUGCCACCAAAGUGAGGGUCGAUGUCGUCGCGAUGACGUUGGACUUGAACAACACGUAACUCGGAUGUGGUGAACUAUUGUGCAAAGUGUCCGGCUGGUCGGGAGCGCGCACGCGCGUGCGGAUUAUUGGCAUUGCUGCUCUUUUUUUUUUUGGUGGGGUGGGGGGGCGAUGAUGAUGAUGAUGAUGAUGACGACGACGGCUGUGGCGACUUGGUGCCUGAGCGUCUUGACGCCGGUGCUGUCCACCUCGGAGCCGUCCAGAGGCAGCCACCGGCACGCGGUCUACUGGAACAGCUCCAACCUGCUGCUGCGACGGGAGGGCUACACGGUGCAGGUGAGCGUCAACGACUACUUGGACAUCUACUGCCCGCACUACAACACCAGCCUGCGGGGGACGCUGGAGCGCAGCGUGGCCGAGCAGUACAUCCUGUACAUGGUCAGCUACGGCGGCUACCUGACCUGCGACCCGCGGCUCGGCUUCAAGCGCUGGGAGUGCAACCGGCCGCACGCGCCUCACGCGCCCAUCAAGUUCUCCGAGAAGUUCCAGCGUUACAGCGCCUUCUCGCUGGGUUACGAGUUCACCGUGGGACAAGAGUACUACUACAUAUCCACUCCCACUCACCACCACCACGGCCACAGUUGCCUGAGGAUGAGGGUCUACGUCUGCUGCUCCACCGUGUCUCAUUCGGACGACGACUCCGGCCAGACGUCCGGCGCCUACACGGUGAGGCCGAGCAUCAAGAUACGCAACAUCGAUGAAUUUAACCCUGAAGUUCCCAAGCUGGAGAAAAGCGUGAGUGGCAGCAGCCCGUCGCGCGACCGCCUCUUGCUCACCGUGGCCGCCAUGUUGCUCGCCAGCGCCCCCCUGCUCUCCUAGCAAGACGGGCCGAGGGCUGCGGAGACACGGCGCAAAAUCAGACAGACAAAAGAAAUUUUUCCCACCAUCUGUUGUGGUCAUGUGACAUUUCUAGCCAAACGGAGACCCGCCCAAGCAUCAUUUGACUCGCUCCAAGGAGUAAUGGGACCGUGCCGGAUGCAGACCAUGCUAGCGCUGGGAUGGAUUAAGGAUGUUUGUGAUUUAUGGGAUGGUGCCAGUUGCAGAAAAUUCUGCCAGAUUCAGACAUUGGUGCCAGAUGCAGCAAACGGUGCCGGAUUCAGGAAAAGGGAUGCAGACAACGCUUGCAUUGGGAUGGAUUAAGUACAUUUUCGUUUUUAUGGCCCGGUGCCGGAUGCUGAUUACAGUGCUGAAUGCAGAUAAAGGUGGUGAAUAAAGACAAUGCUAGCAUUAAGAUGGAUGAAGUAUGCUUACAAUUUAAGGAGCAUCCACAUGCCCGUGUAGAAACCUGUGCCGGAUGCAGACGAAGGCGGCACAAGCAGACCGUGCCAACUUUUAGAUGGAUUUGGAAUGCCGAUAAUUUAUGGGAAGAUUGCUGGAUUCAGAUGAUUGGAUGGAUCGAUUUACGUAUACAGUGUAAUGGUGCUGGAUGCGAAGAACUGUGCCAGAUUCAAACAAAGUUGCCAGGUAGCAACAAUUCUAGCAUCAAAAUGGAUUGCGAAUGUUUUUGAUUCAUGGGAAGGCUCUGAAUAUGGACAAAUGGUGCAAGAUGCAGACAAUGUUAGGAUUGGGAUGGCUUAAGAAUGUUCAUGAAUUAUGGGAUUGGUGCUGGAUGCAAACAACGGUGCCAGAUGUUAACAAUGCUAGCAUUCGGACAGGUAAUGAAUGUUUAUGGUUUAAGAUAUGAUGCUGGAUGCAGCAAAACGGUGCCGGAUGCAGACGAUGGUAUCAUCGUGAUGUUUUACGACAACUUUGAAGCAAGGUGACUGCCAAAGUCCAGCAAGGUGACGUUUUUUGAAAUGGAAAAAAAAAAAAGACAUACCAGUCUUUUUCCUCAAUGUCAAGGGUAGAGGAUAGCGAGCGCUGUCGUAGUCCUUCCUGCCUGUUUCCUGCCUUCGCAACUCAAGAACACUUUGGAUGAUGGCACUUGCGUAGCCCUGAUGCAGUAGAUGUGCUUGAAAACGUGUUUGGUUGCUUUUACCAAUUUCUCGUGCCUGGAACAGGCUCCCCAAAACCUUCAGACCAUCAAGUCCAAACCCUCACUCAAUCCUACUCCUGCCUACUAAGGAGUGUACGAAGAACGUUGAAAAAAAGUGAACCAAAAAAAAGAAAAGGACAAGGAAAAAUGUAUGAUAGCCUUGUAUCCAAAAUAUCAAGAAUUGUCUAAAAAUGUUCAAAGUCAAUCAUGACAAAAUGAAAUAUUGACUUUACAAAAACUAUUUACAGGAAAAAAGAAAGUAAUCUGAAGAAUCAAGCCAUGAUAUCAGGAGAAAAACAAGUCUGUGUCAAAACUCAUCGGAACGCAAGAAAAUCUAAUUGAUGAAUUGUAUGUCAGAUCACAA